AUGACCAGCCUCCGACGGGCAGAGAAGAUUACUACUGUGCAAGGUGAUGGAAGUUUAGCGGUUGAAGCAGCGUAUGGUGGACUGGAUUGCAUCCCAGAAACAACUAUCUCGUUAACAGUGCUAAUAAGAGACAAAGCAUAG